AUGUGUCGUGCUGGCUCCCGGAGCCUCGAUGAUCUUGACUCCGCGAGCAUGAAGCACCCAUCGAGGUCAGCGGGUCUCGAGGUUGCUAUGGCGCUUUUCGGCAUGAUUUGGCUGCUGCGCGUCCGCUCUGAGAUGCGUCGUUGCUCGAAAUGUCGGCACGAAGAGAUGCUCGCACAGCAGCAGCAACAGCAUCAGCAGCAAGUGCAGUUGCACCAGCAACAGCAUCAUCACCACCAGCAUCACCAACAACGUACCCUGUCGCAGGCUACCAGCUUGUUGCAGACGAUGUCCGAUGACGGCGUUAGCUCUUCCGCCAACACCCUCUUUACGUUGGACACUCCGGGAGCGGCUGGCCCGGCCGGAAGUUACUGCGAAGUACACGGAUACGUUCAGGCGAAAGAAGAUAUCCAGGAGUUUUACGAGCUGACGCUGCUCGACGAGUCGAAAUCGGUACAGCAGAAAACGGCGGAGACGAUCCGCAUCGCGGACAAAUGGGAAGCCAGCGACGGGCCAAUCACGCCGACCUUUGCCCAGAACGAGGAUGGUCCAGCCUCCGCCUUGCCGUUGACCCAGACUCUGUCGAAUAUUUAUGGCCGCAGAUCGGCCAGUCCUGAUGUUCCAGGCUCCAAUCUAGAUGAAACUCAGAAAACGAGGUUUGAUGGUAUAGGGGUGGAGGAACAAUUACCACCACCGCCGUCGCCACCCAAGCUGAAAGAAGCAGCCCACCCGGAUGGAAUUCCCGGACUGAAUUCAAUCGAGCGUAUCCUUUAUCCAGAUGGUAUUCCGCACCUUAGUCAUGAGACGCCCAACAAGAGUCAUGACAGCUGGCACGGACACGAUAGUGACCAGGCACACACUCCUCUUCUCGCGGCCGACACGAGACACGUGAAUGGCGACGAUGAGUGGGACUACGAGGAUAUUAUUUUGGAGCGGGGCGGGGCGGGUCUAGGUUUCAGCAUUGCCGGCGGCACAGACAAUCCCCAUUACGGCAACGACACCGCCAUUUACAUUACUAAGCUUAUACCGGGCGGUGCCGCGGCCGCGGACGGCCGGCUACGUGUCAACGACACGAUAUUGCAGGUGAACGACGUAUCCGUUGUCGACGUACCGCAUGCGGCCGCCGUAGACGCACUCAAGCGGGCCGGCAACACCGUCAAACUGUAUAUACGCCGACGGAAACACACGCAGUUGAUGGAGAUCGAGCUGAUCAAGGGUAACAAAGGCCUUGGCUUCAGUAUCGCUGGUGGUAUCGGCAAUCAACAUAUACCAGGUGACAAUGGAAUCUACGUGACCAAAAUCAUGGACGGAGGAGCUGCCCAAGUAGAUGGUCGCCUUGUUGUCGGCGAUAAAUUGGUAGCCGUCAAGAAUGCUCUGCAGGGCGACAAAAAUUUGGAAAAUGUAACACACGAAGAAGCAGUGGCGAUUCUGAAAGCAACCCAAGACCGCGUCGUACUUUUAGUUUCUAAAACGGAAAGUGGAAUUAUCCCCCCACCUCCUCCUCCAGUAGCGACGGACAAUUCUCUCUCAUCUCAGCCACGUAAGCAAAACGGCUCCGUGUCUGCGAUGGAAAACAACACCGCGGCUCUACCAUAUUCGCAGGAAUCACGCCACGCGUCAUCUCUUGCUUUGCACGGCACUGGGACACCACGGGCAGUUUCCCAGGAGGAUGUGUCACGGGAAGUUCGAACCGUCGUAUUAAAUAAAGGCUCUCCUGGUCUGGGUUUUAACAUCGUUGGUGGUGAAGAUGGUGAAGGCAUCUUUAUUUCGUUUAUUCUAGCCGGAGGUCCGGCCGAUCUCAGUGGUGAAUUACGCAGAGGCGAUCAGAUAUUGAGCGUUAAUGGUAUCAAUCUCCGAACAGCCACCCACGAGGAGGCCGCCGCGGUUCUCAAGGGUACUAGUCAAACAGUGACGAUCGUGGUGCAAUACAAACCGGAGGAUUACAACAGAUUUGAAGCGAAGAUCCAGGAUCUUAAACAACAAAUUUCGCAACAGAAUGUAAUGACAGGCACCCUCAUGAGGACCUCUCAGAAGAAAUCACUUUACGUGAGAGCGUUGUUUGAUUACGACCCCAAUAAAGACGAUGGUUUGCCGAGCCGCGGCUUGGCGUUCCGUUAUGGCGAGAUCUUGCACGUGACGAACGCUAGUGACGACGAAUGGUGGCAGGCGAGAAGAGUCACCCCACAGGGCGAGGAAGAAGGUCUAGGUAUAAUACCCUCGCGUAGGCGAUGGGAACGCAAGCAGCGUGCCAGAGACCGUUCUGUCAAGUUCCAGGGGCACAUGCCGGUCAUUCUUGAUAAGCAAUCAACUCUAGACCGAAAGAAAAAGAAUUUCUCGUUUAGCAGGAAGUUCCCCUUCAUGAAGAGCAAAGACGAUAAAUCCGAGGAUGGCUCCGAUCAGGAACGAACGCCCACCACACCUGAGAAUGAGAACGAUCCCACCCCAUUCAUGCUGUGCUACACCCAGGACGACACUAACACUGAAGGCAGCGAAGAGAACGUGCUUUCGUACGAGGCCGUGCAGCAGUUGACGAUACAGUAUACGCGUCCUGUGAUUGUUCUCGGACCACUCAAGGAUCGCAUCAAUGAUGAUCUCAUCUCCGAAUUCCCUGAUAAAUUUGGCAGCUGUGUUCCACACACAACUAGGAGUAGAAGAGAAUAUGAAGUGGACGGACGAGAUUAUCAUUUCGUAGCGUCGAGGGAACAAAUGGAGAGGGACAUACAAAAUCAUUUGUUCAUAGAGGCCGGACAAUAUAACGACAAUCUUUACGGAACAUCCGUUGCGUCUGUACGAGAAGUGGCUGAAAAGGGCAAGCACUGUAUUCUUGAUGUGAGUGGGAAUGCUAUCAAGAGGUUACAAGUAGCACAACUUUAUCCUAUUGCCAUCUUCAUCAAGCCAAAAUCGGUGGAGUCUGUUAUGGAGAUGAAUAAGAGGAUGACCGAAGAGCAGGCGAAGAAGACGUACGAGCGUGCUCUCAAGAUGGAACAAGAAUUUGGUGAAUAUUUUACUGCCGUCGUUCAAGGAGACACUCCCGAGGAAAUCUAUGUGAAAGUGAAGGAAGUCAUUUCCGAGCAAUCAGGACCGAACAUCUGGGUUCCCUGCAGGGACCAGCAGCUGUGACGUCCUGCCCCCCACGCUCAGCACAGGCCCAAUGCCUGGACCCUGCCACCGAGGCGACAAGCUUAGUUAUUCACGAUAAAUAUGAUUAAGUGAUGCUCUAACAUCCUUUCCUUAUCCCUUCUUCCCUCCCGUGUCCCAUAUCCAUGUAGCACAAAGUCCCUACUUAAGACGCGUAACACGACGUAAAUCGCCGCAGAGAAUUUAAGCCGAAAGAAUACUUAAAAAUCAUGGGAUACACGAUAUCAUCAACCAUUUCCCCGCGAAGAACUGAUAAAGUCAGUUGGAAUGCGUGAUUUAUUCUCUUCUAAGUUUAAAAUCUAAUGAAAGAUUGUUAAGAGGGAAAUGAGGAAAACUAAGCAUUCGGGCGUGCUCAUCGUGUUGAAUUUUAUUGUGACCGAUGUUUCUGAUAACAAAAAAUGACGGAGAGAAAUUCGUAACUUUUAUCGCAUGAUCGUCGAUUAUUCGUGUGUGUGAUUGUCUCUAAUUUUAUUAAUUAACCUCGCGAAAGAAUUCAGAGGCGUUGUAUGUAUGUACAAUUGCUCGAGAAGAUUAGAUCGGCGUAUGCCGAAACCGAAUUGGCGAGCAAUUCAAGAUGCGAGCGCUUUUUCGGUCAUACUCGGGCACGGUAUUUUUUAAUGUACUUAAGCGCAGUUAGCGCGCCGAGAACGUCGAGCGAAUUCGACAAACUCGACUCGAAAAAUGGGGGGAACCGCGAAUAGGAAAAGAAAACCGUAGCCCCAGCGACGUUGUGUAUGUGUUAAUGAACCUCACAGGAUUAAAAGAAAUAGUAAAAAAAAAA